GUAAUAUAUAUUUGAAUAGAAUUUUUUUCUCAAAUAUGAUUAACGAUUUGACGUUUUAAUAUUUUUUUUUUUAUUCAGAUUCUGUAGUUUAAAAGUUUUGCCGGAAAAAAAAAGUAUAGUGCUAUUUAAUUAAAUAAAUGCGUCAAUUAAUAAGUAGCUUGGAGUUGAGUGACCCCGAGCAAAAGUGGUAAAGAAGCACGACAACGGCGGCGACGAGGAGUGGCCAAGAAGAAGAAGAGCAAAUUGGUGCUCCUGGUAGCAGGAACCCAUGAGUAGAAUGGAGGAUUCAAAUCGAGCCGCACGUACGCGCGGUUCUGCAACGACCUCGUCCGAUUGGUCCUCGUCUGAUACCCACUCGGCCUCACGGGGCCCAGGUACCCCCGCCACUGCCACAGCAGCGGGUCCGUCAACUAGAGUGGGGGCACAAGGCCCAGUGCGUCGACAGACGUCUCACGAGGGUCCCAAUUCAUCACAGGCCCCACCCGAAACGACGAGAGAACUCCACUUCAAGAUAAUGCUAUUGGGUGAUAGCGGUGUUGGUAAAACAUGCCUACUAACACAAUUUCGAGAUGGUCGUUUUCUAUCUGGGAAUCACAUUAGUACCGUUGGAAUUGAUUUCAGGAACAAAGUGGUUAACGUGGACGAUACGAGAAUUAAAUUACAGAUAUGGGAUACCGCAGGACAGGAGAGAUUUCGAAGCGUGACCCACGCUUAUUAUCGAGAUGCUCAUGCGUUGCUUUUGCUCUAUGACGUGACGAACAAGACUAGCUUUGAUAACAUCAGGGCCUGGCUCGGCGAGAUCCGGGAGUACGCACAGAAUGACGUAGUUAUAAUGCUUCUCGGUAAUAAGUCAGAUUGCGGUAAUGAACGUGUAAUAAAGGUAGAAGAUGGUAAGCGUUUAGCGGAUGAGUAUCAAGUUCCAUUCAUGGAAACUUCUGCCAAGACUGGCCUCAAUGUCGAGUUAGCCUUUCUUGCAAUUGCUAAACAAUUGAAAGCACAUAAAAGUGGGAAUCCGGAUGAUACUAAAUUCAAUGUACAUGAUUACGUAAGACAGGAAUCACAACAAAAAAGAACUAAUUGCUUCAGUUCAAAUUGCCAGACGACCUGAAUUAUCGUUACUCUAUAUAUACAUAUAUAUAUACAAUUGUAUAACGACUGGUUUUUAUUUGCAAAAUAAUAGUAGCGCUUAUAAACAGCGAACUUUUUUCUUUCAUAUGUCGAAAA